AUGGCCUCGAGCAAGCGGUACUCAGCGCUGGUCACCGGUGCGACUGGCCUGCUCGGCCGAGAAAUCGCAUCGGCCUUGCGCCAAACCCCCGGGUGGAGCGUCCAGGGCACGGCGUACUCUCGCGCAGACGGCGUCGACGUCGCCAAGUUGAAUCUCGAGGAUGCGGAUGCGGCCGCGCUCGGCAAGCUCGUCGACGACACCAGACCGCAUGUCAUCAUUCACUCCGCGGCGCAAAGAUUCCCCGACAAGGUGGACAGGAACCCCGAGGCCGCUCGCGCCCUGAACACGGCGGCCAGCAGGCGGCUCGCCCAGGUAGCCCUGGCCAGGGACAUUCUCGUCAUCUACAUUUCCACCGACUACGUGUUCCCGGGUGUGCCUGGGGAUGCCCCGUACGAAGCUGACGCGGAACCCCGGCCGACGAACCUGUACGGGCAGACCAAGCUGGACGGGGAGCGCGCCAUCUUGGAGGUCGCCGAGAGUCUCGGGAAAGUCGGCUCUGCCGUUGUGCUGCGCGUCCCCGUGCUGUACGGCCAUGCGGAAACGCCGGCCGAGAGCGCAGUCAACGUGCUGAUGGAUGCGGUGUGGAAGGCUCAAACCGAAGGAGCCAAGAUCAAGAUGGACCACUGGGCCAUCCGCUAUCCCACCAACACCCACGACGUUGGCCGCGUGUGUCGAGACAUUGCUGUCAAGUAUCUCGAGUCAGAUGCUGCAAGCCACCGCAAAACACUGCCGUCCAUCCUGCAAUUUUCAAGCGAGGACAAAAUGACCAAGUACGAAAUCUGCCGGUUGUUUGGCAAGGUCAUGGGUCUGGACGUGACAAACAUUGAAGCCGACACGCGAGGCAAUGACCCCAGGGCCUCGGUGCAGCGGCCCUAUGAUUGUCACCUCAGCACGUCCAGACUGAAGGAUUUGGGUAUUGACGUGUCGACGUGCGGCUUUACCGAUUGGUGGCGACGAGAGGUGCGCGCGUUCAGUGAGUGA